AUGAAGCUUUCUAUCUUCGUUCCUCUGGCUACAUUCCUUGCCUUCUUCGCCGUCGCCGAAAAAACAGACGAAACCGCUAGUUUGUGUCUUAACCAAUGUCUGAAUGAAGCCGCUUUGGUGGCUGGUUGCACAUCCCAAUGGGACCAUGACUGUACCUGCCCGAGUAAAGCGUUCAAGGAUACCCUGGGGACUUGCGUGACAGAUAUUUGCACAUCGGCAGACUUGGAAGAUAGCAAAGAUUCUGGCGACGACGCUUAA